AGUGGGCGGCCCCGGGCCCGGAAGGGGCGGGGCGGCGGGCGGGGCCCAGGCUUCCGAGCGGCGCCGGGCGCGGGUGCGGGACCCCGGCGUCCGAGCGCUGCUGUCGGCGCGUGGCGGCCCGCCAUGCCCCCGUCGCGCUGACGCCGUGCCGCGGCCCCUGUCCCAUGGGGAUCGCCCGCGGCCAGCCGGCAGCCAGAGGCCGACGGGGCCGCGCUCCGCUCCCGUGUGGCGGCCUGGGGCCCGAGGCCCCGCGGGGCCAUGGCGGGCGGCCCGGGGCCCCUGCUGCAGUGGGCCCAGGAGGUGGGCUCCAUGCUGCUGCUGUGGGUCCGGCGCACGGUGCUGCAGACCGCCAUCCUCCUCUGCGUGGCCUUGCUGCUCCUCUGGGUCUCCAUCUUCCUCUACGGCAGUUUCUACUACUCCUACAUGCCCACCGUCAGCUUCGUCAGCCCCGUGCACUACAGCUUCCGGACGGAUUGCGGCUCGCCCGGGCCUGAGCUCUGCUCUUUCCCCACCGCUAACGUCUCCCUGGUGAAGGGGAACCGGGACAAGGUGAUGAUGUACGGGCAGCUGUACCGCAUCUCCCUGGAGCUGGAGCUGCCGGAGUCUCCAGUGAACCAGGAGCUGGGCAUGUUCAUGGUGGUGAUGACGUGCUACACCAAGGGGGGCCGAGCCGUGGCCUCCUCUGCCCGGGCAGCCAUGCUGCACUAUCGCUCCGGGCUGCUGCGGACGCUCGACACGCUGGCCUUUGCUGGCCUCUUCCUCUCAGGCUUUGCCGAGCAGAAGCAGACGGUGGAGGUGGAGUUGUAUUCGGACUACCGCGAGGACUCGUACGCCCCGACAGUCGGUGCGGUGCUGGAGAUCCAGAGCAAGCGGAUCCAGCUCUACGGGGCCCAGCUCCGCAUCCACGCUCACUUCACCGGCCUGCGGUACCUGCUCUACAACUUCCCCGUCACCUCCGCCCUGCUUGGCGUAGCCAGCAACUUCGCCUUCCUCAGUGUCAUCGUCCUCUUCAGCUACCUGCAGUGGGUCUGGGGCAGCGUCUGGCCCCGGGAGCCCCUCGCCGUGCAGACCAGCCCGCGGGAUGGGACCAGCCCCCGGCAGCGACGGGAGGAGCCGAUGGCGCCCGGGAGAGGGCCUGUGGAGGAGCCAGACGCCAAGGGGACGGCCUCGAGCUCGGGUGCCUCGCCGCCGGGAGAGGACGCGGAGGUUAUCGGGCCCGUGGCGGACACCGCCCCGUCCAAGGAGUCGGAGAUCAGCGAAGACACCGAGUUCGAGUCAGUGGACGAGUCUUCCCUGCUCACCGAAGCCAACUUCCCCCCUGUGGAGGAGGGGGGGACCCCGCUGCCGCCCCCCACCGAGGACGGCACGGUACCUGUGCCUGUGCCCGCCCCAGGCCCCCGGCAGCGCCACGCGUGCUCCAGCUCCUGAGAGGCUCGGGGACCCCGUACCGGCCUUGCACUGCCGGGGGGAUGCGCCCCCCGCUCCCCCCGGCCCCACGUUUACAUUCCUCCCCCCGAUCCGCUUGUUGUACAAUAAAAAGAACCCUGCUGGUGA